GGCGCUUCAGUCGUUGCUUGAAUUAGAACGGAUCAUGUCCGACCUUGCGUCUCCCAGGUCGCCUGGCUCGGGUGAAUUUGGCCAUGACGACUUCGACUACGACGAUGAUAACGACGCAGAUUUCGAGGAUUCGCGAGACUACGAGGACAGAGAGAGUGACGAGGAUACUGAUCUGGGAAGUGAAGGAGAACAGAGAGGAAAAGAAGAAUAUGCAGGCAUUAAGGAGCAGAUGUAUCAAGACAAAUUGGCUCAACUGAAGAAACAGCUGCAGCAGCUGCGAGACAACACACACCCGGAAUACAACAAAAAGCUAAAGAAAAUUGAUGCAGCAUACAAAGAAAGGUUGCGGUUAAACGACUUAUGGAGGGGAGUAGAGAUAGAAUGUGUUGAAAGAGAUUAUUUAGCUGAGAAAAGAUUAGCUGGAAAGGAAUUUGAAGAGAAGAAGAAGGAAUUGAAAGAAAACCUUUUGUUGGAGCUAGAAGAUAAGAAGAAAAUCAUCGAACAGGAAAGAUUCACACUUGAACUCACAGGAGACUCAAUGGAGACAAGAUAUGGAAUGGUAAGGGAGUCACCAAGACGUUUAUUGGCGAGGCUUAAAAAUCUGGCACCAAGUAGACCCCUAAGCCAAAUCCUGAGGCCCAAAAUUGAUGUGUAUAAGCCAGUUUCAACUCGAAAGCUGCGUCGAAGAGGUAAUGAGCCUGCACCCAUUGUGGAAAAGCGACGCAAACCCGUUUCUAACACACUUCAACUCUUGCUUGAAGAACGUGAGGUGGAUGAAGACUUGAAGCUCAUCAACAAAAGCAAGCUCAUUAAUAUGAAGAAAACCUCACCUGCCAUAGCUCCUCCUGAGCUUAUUGGUAAUGAACCAAAAAUUGAAAAUGGAAAGCUCUAUUUUGAUAAAAAGUGGUUUCACAAAGGCCAAGCUGUGAUGAUUGAGUGCAAAGAUGGAACCCGGUUCAAUGCAAUUCUCACUGUUGCAGGGAAUGAUAUGAUUAUGGUAAGGAAAGUACCAGACAACAUUCGCUUGAAAAUUACCCUGGCCCAAUUGGCACAUGGGAAAUACCUGGUGCGCCGUAGGAGUUCAACGUGACAAGCGGAAGAUGUGUUUGCUGUGGGUCCAAGCUUCUUUUAAACCAGACCAUGAGUAUUUCAACAUCCUGCUGUUGACAGGCUAUUUGCAAUGCAAAUGGAUUUCCAGUCGUAUUCAGGUUUGGUGUACCUGAGUUGAGUAAAAAAAUCUGAUUUUAUUGCAGUUCAAGUCAUCUGAUGCAAGUGGUGGAUUCUGAGAACUCAGGUUUCAAUAUUACUUAAUAUGAGUCUCUUUCGUUCUGCCUUUACACCAUAUGUGAAGUACAAUAGUAGAAUUAGAUAUAAUGAUAAAGGGACUUGAAAUGCAUUUAGAAUUAGGCAAGAUAUUUUUAUUAUAGCACAUUAAGCCUUUACAGAAUUAAAUAUGAAUUUCUUA